GCUGCGACUUUAGCGCGGGCACGUCAGUUACGCUCAUACGCGCAUAUUGUGAGACAAAAUAUGAAAAUAACCGUGUUAAAAAGCUUUACUAGCGGUGGCUUUAAAACGCAGUGAGUCUGAAUUGUAUUUCUUUGUAUAAAGUGGACAAACGUCAUCUUUUAUUUCAGGUUAGCCUGUUAGCUAGCGUAUAAUUUACAAUUGUUGGUUGUUUGGCAGAAUUUGGCAAUGCCAACGUUAACUUAAUAGAUUCAGUCGAGUUAACUUAAGUUUCAUCUAACGUGCAACACGUCACAACAACAUGCACGCAACGUCACAUAUUCUCUAACUCGGUUUAGCUAAUUUGAUGCAUUCAGUCUAAGUGACACGUUAUGACCUACAAAUGUAUUCAGUUGAUGGAAUUGAUGUCUGGUUAGUGUAAGUUAAGCGUCAGGUUUAGUUUAGUUUGUCAUCAGAUAUGGCGUAUCGUUAGUUUAACUGGAGGCUGUGGCUUAAAUCUCAGUCUGUUGAUAGUUGAAGCGCUGGACAGGAGGAAGUCCAUUAUAUGUGUCUCAACACAGACUUGACUCUUGCUUGAGCCACACGCAAGACAAUAUUUUGGGCUUUGAGCUCAUUCUUAGCAUGGCUAAGCUUCAAUCGGGUAAUGGAGUUCAAUGGACGGACAGCUCGAGUCAGCCGGGGACGGUGGAAAGUCUAGCCGGGCACGACAGCUCUUCUGUGGGUUCGGAUGUCGAGCUAAACGGCUCUGCCAACAUUGAGAUCCAUGCUGACAAAUAUGGAUUCAUUGGAGGAGCUCAGCAGUACAAAGGAGAAAAUGAUGACAUUCCCCCUGAGGUGCUCCGGCAGAGAGAAGCUAAGUGGCUGGAUAUGCUUAACAGCUGGGACAAGUGGAUGGCCAAAAAACACAACAAGGUGAAGUUGCGCUGUCAGAAAGGCAUCCCUCCAUCGCUCAGAGGACGCGCGUGGCUUUAUCUCUCCGGUGGAAAAGUGAAGAAAGAGCAGAAUCAUGGAAAGUUUCAGGAGUUGGACAGUCAAGUUGGAGAUCCAAAAUGGCUGGAUGUGAUAGAGAAAGACCUCCAUAGGCAGUUUCCGUUUCAUGAGAUGUUCAUAGCUCGAGGAGGCCACGGGCAGCAGGAUCUGUUUCGGGUGCUGAAGGCGUACACACUGCACAGGCCAGAGGAGGGUUACUGUCAGGCUCAAGCUCCUAUAGCCGCUGUUCUGCUGAUGCACAUGCCGGCUGAGGAUGCAUUCUGGGGUCUGGUCCAGAUCUGCGAGAAGUAUCUGCCCGGAUAUUACAGCGCAGGCCUGGAAGCCAUUCAGUUAGAUGGUGAGAUCCUGUUUGCUCUUCUCAAGCGCGUGUCUCCCGUGGCUCACAGGCACCUGAAGAAGUAUAAAAUCGACCCCAUCCUCUACAUGACAGAAUGGUUCAUGUGCGCCUUCUCCAGAACGCUGCCCUGGGCCUCUGUCCUGCGCGUGUGGGACAUGUUCUUCUGUGAGGGAGUAAAGAUCAUCUUCCGAGUGGGUCUGGUGCUGCUGAAGUGCAUGCUGGGAUCUCAGGAGAAACUCAAGGCGUUUCAGGGCCAGUAUGAGACCAUGGAGCUGCUGAGAUCCAUUGAGCCACGAUACAUGCAGGAGGUUUUCCUAGUUCAAGAGGUCAUUGAAUUGGCCGUGUCCGAGCGAGACGUAGAGAAAGAAGGCCUCUCUCAGCUCCGGCGCUGGAAAGAGACCCACGGUGAGCUGCACUGUAAAUCACCACCCAGAAUGCACGGCGCCAAAGCCAUCAUGUCCGCCGAGCCGCCCAGCCGCCAGGACCUCAAACAGAACCCUACAAUCAUCGUCCAGGUACCACAGGCCACAGACGGCCAGGUGGAAAAAGAGAGGAAUACAAAAAAAAGCAAAGGGGAGAAGAAGAAAGAGACAAUAAAUGCAUCACCACCACUCAAUCCAUACUCGAUUCCUGGCGAAACACCGAUACAAAGCGGCAACCCGUCACCUGGCGAAUCACAUCUCCUGCAGAAAGACGUGGUUCUGCGGGGCUCCAUUCAGAGUCUCAGUAGCACAGAGCACGACACUUACCUGUGACCCGUCGCAGGAGAAGAUGCUGGGAAGAUGAACCAUGAUUCCAGGAGUCAUGACUGACGGUCAUCCCACCUCCCCAGUCUCAGGAUUUGGACACAUAUGUGACAUUAAUGGACCAAAUCAUCUAUCCAAAGAUAUGUGUGGCAGCAAUUACACCUAGGACACGCAGAAGAAACCAUCAUGAGGUGUUCAGGUGUGUUUACAUGGAAAUAAAGAGAAGAAUGAAUAGCCAAGACUGACGUUCAGAUCAGUCAUAUGGGUCAAAGUUUAGAAUAUAAAUCACCGUGUGAUCAUUCUAAUGCUUCAUUCCUUUUAAUGAUUCAGUGAGAUGCAGGAACACUUCAUCCGUCUGUCUCUACAAAGACUUUAUAUUUUAUCUGAGACCUUACUGGAACAGUUCAGCCAAAAAUAAAAAGCCUUCACAUCAUUCCGAUCCUUUAAUUUUCUCUUCUCUAGAACAGAAAUAGAGGUUAAAUCACGAUUCAGAUACGCUAUGAUUUUUGGUAAGAAACAAGCUGAAAUCUUUGCUAUAGCUUUAAAUCUCUGUUUGAUGUAUUUCUGCUUAUGGAUAUAUCUCGGGUUUGACAGCAGGUGGACACCGAAUGCUAUUUGUUUCUCAGGGUUUCUCAGAUGAGAUCUGAGAGCUGGAAAGAAUUGAAAAGUGUGGACUGCAAGCAAGCAUGUAUCCGUAUAAAGGCUCAAUAAAGUCUAAAUAAAGAGCACCAUUUUUUAAGAAGCUUUGUGGUCAACCAUCCACGUUUCAUAUAUGUAACACCAAAUUGACAUUUUGCUUUAAAUCUCCAUGUUUGUUUUACAUAAGAAAAUAUGGGGUUCAAUAAAUAAUUACGGAUGUUUAGUGUUUAGAGGGAAAAAAUCCUAAGUGUUUCAAAUAAUAAAAGAAAGUAAAAGUUUGAUGGUAA